AUGGCAGAACUCCUCCUCGGGGAGUCGAAGCUGGAGCAGUACCUGAAGGAGCACUCCCUGCGGCAGGGGGCCAGCCCCCGAGGCCCCUGGCCCCAGCUGACCGAGGUCCGCAAGCACCUGACCGCCGCCCUGGACCGAGGGAACCUCAAGUCAGAGCUGCUACAAGAAUCCAAUCUGAUCAUGGCCAAGCUGAACUACGUGGAAGGAGAUUAUAAGGAAGCUCUCAACAUCUACGCGCGGGUGGGCCUCGAUGACUUGCCGCUGACAGCCGUCCCGCCCUACCGGUUGCGGGUGCUGGCGGAAGCCUACGCGACCAAAGGACUUUGUUUAGAGAAGUUGCCUGUUUCCUCUUCUACCAGUAACCUCCACGCGGACCGGGAACAGGAGGUCAUCACCUGCUAUGAGAAAGCGGGGGACAUCGCGCUCCUGUACCUCCAAGAGAUAGAAAGGGUAAUACUUACUAAUAUUCAAAACAGAAGCCCUAAGCCUGGCCCUGCUCCCCACGAUCAAGAACUAGGUUUUUUCCUAGAAACAGGACUUCAGAGAGCCCAUGUCCUCUAUUUCAAAAAUGGGAACUUGACCAGAGGAGUGGGGAGGUUCAGAGAGCUCCUCAGAGCCGUCGAGACGAGAACAACUCAGAACCUGCGAAUGACCAUAGCGAGGCAGCUGGCGGAGAUCCUGUUGCGGGGGAUGUGUGAACAGAGCUACUGGAACCCUCUGGAGGACCCGCCAUGCCAGUCGCCUCUGGACGACCCUCUCCGGAAAGGAGCCAACACAAAAACCUACAGCCUCAGCCGGAAAGCCCGCGUCUACUCAGGAGAGAACAUUUUUUGUCCUCAAGAAAAUACGGAAGAGGCCCUGUUGUUACUGCUGAUUAGUGAAUCCAUGGCCAACCGGGACGCCGUGCUGAGCAGGAUCCCCGAGCACAGGAGCGACCGCCUCAUCAGUCUGCAGAGCGCCUCGGUGGUCUAUGACCUGCUGACCAUUGCUCUUGGGAGAAGAGGCCAGUUUGAGAUGCUGUCGGAGUGCUUAGAGAGAGCCAUGAAGUUCGCCUUCGAGGAGUUCCACCUCUGGUACCAGUUUGCUCUGUCACUCAUGGCGGCCGGAAAAUCUGCCCGUGCCGUGAAGGUGCUGAAGGAAUGCAUUCGGCUGAAGCCCGAUGACGCCACCAUCCCACUGCUGGCCGCCAAGCUGUGCAUGGGCUCCCUUCACUGGUUGGAAGAGGCUGAGAAGUUUGCCAAAAUUGUCGUUGAUGCGGAAGAGAAAACGUCCGAGUUCAAGGCCAAAGGCUACUUAGCUCUGGGGCUCACGUACAGCCUGCAGGCCACUGACGCUUCGUUGCGAGGGAUGCAGGAGGUCCUGCAGAGAAAGGCGCUUCUUGCAUUUCAGAGGGCCCACAGUCUGUCACCGACAGAUCACCAAGCAGCUUUCUACCUCGCUCUGCAGCUCGCCAUCUCCAGACAGAUACCGGAGGCUCUGGGCUAUGUCCGCCAGGCUCUUCAGCUUCAAGGCGAUGAUGUCAACUCCCUGCACCUGCUCGCCCUCCUGCUGUCGGCACAGAAGCACUCCCACGACGCGCUGAGCAUCGUGGACAUGGCCCUGAGCGAGUACCCGGAGAACUUCCUACUGCUGUUCUCCAAGGUGAAGUUGGAGUCACUGUGCCGGGGCCCGGAUGAGGCGCUGCUCACGUGCAAGCACAUGCUACAGAUAUGGAAAUCCUGCUACAACCUAACCAACCCCAGUGACUCUGGACGCGGGAGCAGCCUCUUAGAUAGAACCAUUGCGGACAGGCGGCAGCUCAAUACGAUCACCUUGCCAGACUUCAGCGACCCGGAGACAGGCUCUAUCCACGCCACAUCCGUGGCGGCCUCCCGCGUGGAGCAGGCGCUGUCCGAAGUGGCCUCGUCUCUGCAGAGCAGCACCCCCAAGCAGGGCCCGCUGCACCCCUGGAUGACACUGGCACAGAUCUGGCUCCACGCAGUCUUUGAAGAGGUCAACUCAACAGACAGGCUCCCCCAAACUGUGCCGUGUUAG